GCCACAUCUGAGACAUUCUGAGGAUUUCCUCUGGGUCACCCAAGAUGCUUUUUAAACAUACUAGAUAAGAGCUGAGCUACCUGCCCGCGUGGGACUUCCGUACUCUGGGCUCCACUGUCUUCUGAUGGCAUUUUGACCACAUCGAGGCCAAGUGACUAGCUGUUCAUGAUGAGUGAUGAGAAGAACCUUGGCGUGUCCCAAAAAUUGGUCUCACCUUCAAGGAGCACAAGUAGCUGCUCCUCGAAGCAGGGAAGUCGGCAGGACAGCUGGGAAGUGGUGGAAGGACUGAGGGGGGAGAUGAAUUAUACCCAGGAGCCACCAGUCCAGAAAGGAUUUUUGCUGAAAAAGAGGAAAUGGCCCUUAAAAGGCUGGCACAAGAGAUUCUUCUAUCUGGACAAAGGAAUCUUGAAAUAUGCCAAGAGCCAAACCGAUAUAGAGAGAGAGAAGCUGCAUGGCUGCAUUGACGUUGGGCUCUCAGUGAUGUCUGUAAAGAAGUCAUCGAAAUGCAUAGACCUCGACACCGAGGAGCACAUCUACCAUCUGAAGGUGAAGUCAGAAGAAGUCUUUGAUGAGUGGGUAUCGAAACUCCGUCACCACAGAAUGUACCGUCAGAAUGAAAUCGCCAUGUUUCCACGUGAAGUCAACCACUUUUUCUCAGGGUCCAGUGUCACAGAUUCUACAUCUGCGGUGUUUGACGCCAUUUCAAGUAGGAAGCGCAGCAGUAUAUCAAAACAGAAUUCAUUUCAAACUGGAAGCAAUUUAUCAUUUUCUUGUGGUGGUGAGACACGAGUGCCAUUGUGGUUACAGUCUUCAGAGGACAUGGAAAAAUGCUCAAAAGACCUGGCACACUGCCACACCUAUCUGGUGGAAAUGAGCCAGCUCCUGCAAAGCAUGGACGUCCUGCAUCGGACAUACUCGGCACCAGCUAUCAACGCCAUCCAGGGUGGAGCUUUUGAAAGUCCCAAAAAGGAAAAAAGAUCACACAGGAGGUGGCGGUCCAGAGCUAUUGGCAAAGAUGCUAAAGGAACGCUGCAGGUCCCUAAACCUUUUCCUGGCCCAGUAAGACUCCACUCCUCCAAUCCUAAUUUGUCAACACUAGAUUUUGGAGAAGAGAAAAAUUAUUCUGAUGGCUCUGAAACCUCAUCAGAGUUUUCUAAAAUGCAAGAAGAUCUGUGUCAUAUUGCCCAUAAAGUUUACUUCACUUUAAGGUCAGCUUUUAAUAUCAUGUCAACGGAGAGAGAGAAACUGAGGCAGCUGAUGGAGCAGGAUACCUCCUCCUCCCCUUCUGCUCAGGUCCUUGGUCUGAAGCAUGCCCUGUCAUCCGCGCUAGCACAAAACACAGAUCUUAAAGAACGCUUGCGCAGAAUCCAUGCCGAGUCUCUGCUCCUCGACACCCCCGCUGCCGCCAAGUCGGGGGACGAUCUGGCAGAGGAAAACUCCAGAGAUGAAAACCGAGCUCUGGUUCAUCAGCUUUCCAACGAGAGUAGACUCUCCAUCACUGACUCCUUGUCAGAGUUUUUUGAUGCUCAGGAAGUUCUGUUAUCUCCAAGCUCUUCAGAAAAUGAGAUUUCUGAUGAUGAUUCCUACGUCAGUGACAUAAGCGAUAAUCUUUCUUUAGACAACCUCAGUAACGAUUUAGAUAAUGAGAGACAGACCUUGGGGCCUGUUCUCGAAAGUGGUGGGGCGAGGUCCAAGAGGAGAACCUGCUUGCCACCCUGCCCCAACACCAGCAACAUCAGCCUGUGGAACAUCCUGAGGAACAACAUAGGGAAGGACCUGUCCAAGGUGGCCAUGCGGGAGUUGAACGAGCCCCUGAACACGCUGCAGAGGCUCUGCGAGGAGCUGGAGUACAGUGAGCUUCUGGACAAGGCUGCGCAGAUUCCAAACCCCCUGGAGAGGAUGGUGUACGUGGCAGCUUUUGCCAUAUCGGCGUAUGCAUCUAGCUACUUCCGAGCCGGGAGCAAACCGUUUAAUCCGGUUCUUGGAGAAACGUAUGAAUGUAUUCGUGAGGACAAGGGCUUCCGGUUUUUUUCGGAACAGGUCAGCCACCACCCACCUAUCUCUGCGUGUCAUGCUGAGUCUGGAAAUUUUGUUUUCUGGCAAGAUGUGAGAUGGAAAAACAAAUUUUGGGGCAAAUCCAUGGAAAUUGUUCCAAUUGGCACAACACACGUGACCCUGCCAGCUUUUGGAGAUCAUUUUGAGUGGAACAAAGUGACCUCUUGCAUCCAUAACAUCCUAAGCGGACAGAGGUGGAUUGAGCACUACGGAGAGAUCGUCAUCAAGAACCUGAAUGACGAUUCCUGCCACUGCAAAGUGAAUUUUAUAAAGGCAAAAUACUGGAGCACCAACGCCCAUGAGAUCGAAGGCACGGUGUUUGACAGGAGUGGAAAGCCCGUGCAUCGGCUGUUCGGGAAAUGGCACGAAAGCAUCUACUGUGGCGGCUCCUCCUCGUCCCUUUGUGUCUGGAGAGCAAAUCCCAUGCCAAAAGGCUAUGAACAAUAUUAUGGCUUCACACAGUUUGCGCUAGAAUUAAAUGAAAUAGAUCCGUUGUCAAAGUCUUUAUUGCCACCUACUGACACUCGAUUUAGGCCAGACCAAAGGUUUCUAGAAGAAGGGAACAUAGAAGAAGCUGAAAUACAAAAGCAGAGGAUCGAACAGCUACAGAGAGAAAGGCGGCGGGUCUUAGAAGAUAAUAACGUGGAGCACCAGCCCCGGUUUUUCAGGAAAUCCAACGAUGACUCUUGGGUGAGCAACGGCACCUAUUUAGAACUUAGAAAGGACCUUGGCUUUUCCAAACUGGACCAUCCUGUCUUGUGGUGAAAAAGUAAAGAAGAAGAAAGAAAUGUUGGUGUACUUCUCCCGUGCUUGCUUCCUGGAGCAGCACAAACCUGUGUCUAUAUAUUUAAAAGAUAUUAUCUAGAAUGAUCACUUGUGCUUAGCUUAGCGUUGUAUUUAAGUACAUAUUUUCUUCAGUGGGUUUCUUUACGAUUUCAAAUGUUAUCCUGAUUGUUUAUAUGAAUGUAGAACACCUUGAUAUUUCUUUUUAUAUAUGAACUAUUUAAUAAAAAUGAAAGAUUGAAUGUUAAUGUGUGGGUUAAAAAAAAAAGAAGCUUUAACACUAAUUUUCCAAAGGUUAGGGAAAAUUCAAAUUAAAUUUAUGCCUUAUAAAUUAUGUUGGAGGAAAAAAGUCAACCUCUCCCAGGUGCAUUAAGAAAUAAGAAUACCCAGGGUUACUCGCCCACGCGUAAGCUACCAGAGUUUAAUUUGGUAGCUGAAAUAUCUUUUUGCCUCAGACAGCUCUUGAGUUGCUCAUUCAGAACAAUUCUGCUGGUGCUGGAGUCUGAAGAAUAUUUUCAUUUGCAUUUUAGUGAUUAGGGGGAGGGUAUAAGAUUAGUGGGAUACGUUUUUAUGUAUGAUGGAUCCGGCACCUUCUUGAAGAAGAGGCAUUUGAGCUAAUUCUUUCCUGUAGUUUCUAUUGCCUUAUAUACAAAAUCAUACCCUGUUGCUCAGAGAAUUUGUCAUUAAUUAGAGAAUUCCCCAUUAAUGAAAUAUCGUAAUGGCAUCCCAGAGAGGUAGUGGGAAAUUUCUCCUUAGGGAGAGCUGAAUCCUUGACAAAUUAAGAAGUUAUUUCCUGCUUCCCAUUCCACCCCUAGCUUUUUGACCCCUCCUGUUUGACCGUCUCUGUUGAGUAUGGAACGUCCCAGUUUAGCGUAAAACAUACAGUUCAUUCCACACAGCAAUUUGACUUUCUAAAACUUUAGCAAAAUAACCGAUUGUUUUGAAUAACUCAACAUGUUUUUCUUAAAUGCUGUUUUAGUAUUUUCUACCUCCAAAUAAGCACUGUAUUUUAGAUCUUGUAUAAAAAGUUCGACCAUCUGCCUUAUAGACAAACGUAGAAAAUUGAUGUUCUUCCUUUGUGUUGUGUUCUGAUAAAGCUUUAAAUGUCUUAGCCCUUUCCUACAAUUUCUUGUUACUCAUGUCGCUCUUUUGUGAGUUUUGGAGCAGUCUUGAAUAAUAUAUAUUAUAACUUCUAAAAGAGGAAACUUUGUCUUUUUAAAUGUCUUAUUUCAAAUUAAUAUAAUUUGUGCAGUAGUUGAAUUGUGUUAUCAGAGCAAUUCCAGCUUCUGCCCAGAUUACGUUAAAACCAAAGCCUAAUUGUUAAGCCUUUUAUUCUAAUGUCCAUAACAAUUUUAUGGAAGCUCAUGUUUUAAUGAUAUGGUAAAAAGAUUUCUCCUGAAAACAUUUUUUGAUAUUUAAAGAAAUCCAGAGCAUAUAGAAUGUAACAAAUGCAGAGUAAAUUAAAGGGAAAAGAAUGCACAAUUUUUCAGCAUCACACCAAAUAGCUAGUUGGACAGUAUUGCAUUUUCAAAAUGGAGAGUUACUUAAAGUGGAUCUGUAGCCUCUUGGAAUCUGCAAGUGACUGGCAUUUUAAAACAACUCAUUAAAUAUGAGAUUCAUUUAUUCCAUUUUAUGGAGAUGCCAAGAUGAACACAAUGUGAAUGCCAUUUCCAUUUCUAAGCAGUUGAAUGGCACAAAUUCUUUGGUAUGUGCUUUGUUCUUUUCUUUUUAAGCAUUUAUCCGAAUUCUGUUCACAGACAUGAGGAAGCAGGCUGUAGAUUUAAGGGUACUCAAGGGGAAAACAAAUCUAGUUUUCACAAUGUGAGGGUAAAUGUAAAAUUUUAGUAAUACUGGCUGUAAAAUUGGCCUGUUCCACAGGCUGGCCCAAAAAGGAAAAAAAAAAAACAGCAACAAAAAACCUAUAGCCUAUUCGGAUAUAGCAUUGUCAUGCAGUAUUUGGAAAUUCCUUAAUUGUCCCAAUGUGGUUAUUUCAAUUGGUCUUAUGCUUUAAUUUGGAAUCAAAAGAAAAACUGGACCAAAUAUCACCUCCAUUGUCAUCUCAUUUGAGAUGGGGUUGGAGAUGAAUUAAAAUAUGAUACAGAACUAUAUGCAAAUUUGGAAGUCUGCUAGUCAGUACUGGCAUAGACAAAGGACUUUUCUGAACUUUAAACAGCUUGGUGAUGCAUCCUGUUAUCAUAAGCUUAAAACUAUCUUGAGGAGGAAAUGGCUUCUUUUUUCCUUCUGUCCGUUUUCUCAAAAGCAUCUUUCCACCAAAUUGUUACCUCUGCGACACUUUAUGUUUUUGAGAUGGAGAAAACAGGAACACGGCAUUCUUUGGGAAGAAUUGAAGUAGAAUUUAAUUUUCUAGACUUUAAAUCUCCCUAUUCAAUAAUGCCAAUCACUGUACUAUUUGAGAUACAUAGUUUGACUUCUAUCUUACUUCCUAAUAUUCUAUCCUAAAUUUCUGGUGAAUUACACAGAAAUUCUUAGAAAAAAGGACUUUGUGCAGGCAACCACCCUGCGCUUCAGAUGUUCCUGUUGCCACUAUUAACUCCCCCAAACUGUAGGAAGUGCAUUCAGGAAGGAGCCAAGAGUGUCCAGUGUAGCAGGCAAGCUACAGUGCCCUUCCCAGGCCCCAAAGCACCCCAGGGCUGUGAUUUCCCUGAGUCAAAGGUAAUAAUAAAAGCCUCUCCAUGUAAUUCCCCUCCCCAGGCCAGGCUGGUUCUGGUCCUGACUAAAGAGAUGAGGGUUCACUUGCAGGCGACAAGCACCAGGAUGCCCGAGCAUCGCCACGGUCUUCCUGUGCUUCCAGUGGAACUCUGGGGGGAAAAUACACAAACUGACUUUAUUUGUUAAUGUUUACUUCAUUGGAGCUGCUAUUUUCUCCAAUUCUACUUUCGAUUACAUCCAAUACAUUAUUUGCUUAGGCUUCAAGCACUGUCCUUCCUCUGUAUUUUCCGGAUUUAUGAUGAGGGAUCUUGUUCUACUGCUAAAGAUGUCUAGCCUAAAAGAAAAAUAAUAAAGUUUUUAUUUGGCUGUUGAACCUUGAGGUAGGUGCCUACGACAUUACACUACGAGUUACGUUAUGCCUCCGGCGAUCAUAGACUCUCCUCCUCAGACCUUUUCGUUACGAGCAGAAGCAACGAGAAAUUGUUCGUAUGAUCUUAGGAAUAGUAGUUCCAAUGUAUUGGCAUAGUUUAUUUGAAUGUCUUUAAUUUUGAUAUCAACAUCAGCAUAAAUCUAUUUUUGCUACCAGAUGAUAGCUAUUUUCAUGUGCUCAAUUUUCCUCUGCCUUGUAUUAAUCUGUGACUCAGUGUUAGUCGUUCUUUUUCUGUGUUGGAAGUCUGCGUCACAUAAAUAUCUGCAAAUCAUGACAGUCUCAAAUGCAAACCAUUUUCAGAGACUUUGGUCUUGGGGAAUGCAGUGAUCACAAGUGACUAUUUUAUUUGCGAUUUUAUCUUCCUCUGUUACCUCAGAGGAUACUGUUGUUGUUUUUUUUAAAUGGAUAUUUACGAAUCUUUCACUUAACUGUUUGCAAAAUUAUUUUCUGUUUAAAUCCUACCCUUCCCUCUAUACCCAAUGUCUCCCCAAAAAGCUCCUAUUAAUGUGUUUAUCCCCCUCAUGUAGCUAGUUGAAAGUGAAUAAACAACAUGGAAAAAGGCCA